UUCAAACAUUGCACAGUCAAUUAUCGCCAGGGCUGCAGAGUCGCGAGUUGCCACGCUGUGAGCCUUGACGUUCUUUUCAACAAAGCCGAAGCGGAACCUCGGUGGGCGACUGGGCUUGGAGUAAUAUAUUAAGAUAUCACCGCACCUCUAGUUUGAGACCUGCUGUUUGUACAUACAAGCAAACAUUCCAAACCAACGUAACAAAAAAUCUCAUCUCCCAUCUCACACUGCAAGACUUUUAUCAAACCUCAACAACAUGCGGUUCUUUAUCAUCGUCUCGGCUGUCCUUGUGGGCCACGUUUCCGCCCAAGCUCAAUGCUUCGAUGCCGGCGACUGCAUUCUGAGUGGAGGCGGUCAAUGUGUGAAAGAUGCCAACCAGUUGCUUGGAACUUGUAGCAAGGCUGGACCCCAGUAAAGCACCUACCUUGCAGGUAUUUUCAGCAAUGGAGUUGAAGUACUAUGAGAUGUUAGUACGAGGCUCGUUAGAUGAUGUGGUUGAGUCGACUGGAUAUAUACAACGGGAUGGGGACAGGAGCCCCACAGCUUAGUUAUUGCGUCAAAGGGUGAAUACUAUCACUUUGUUACACUUGAGAGUUCACUUGUAGUGAGGAGAGUUUUGGCAACAGCCGCGCGUUCGACUUUGCCAGAUUCGGUGGUAUGGUUGCUUCUAGACCUAGUGGAUCCA